UAUCUAGUGCUGGAGAUCUAUAAAGUAAAAUCGAAAAUAAAUUCGGUUACUUCCAAAACACACAAAUCUAUCAUUUGCUCCAUAGGUAUUUAAUUAUUACAUCUGGCAACAAGUAUUUGAGCUUAUUUUGGGUCACUGCGUCGCUUCCAACUUGCUUCGUUAAUUUUUUUUAGAGGUGCCUUUCUCUAAACUUGCAUAGCAAAGUAGAUGUUUUUGUUCAAGAAAGCUGGCGGGUGUGUUAAAGCAUAAUUAAGUUAGUGAUAAUCCAAAAUACAGUGAAAAUUCUGCUUAAAAGUUCAGAUAUUUAGUUAAUGAAAUAGUCAAGCGGGCGGGCGCGACAGGGGCCACACGGCAGCAUCAUGGACGACGACCAGCAGUUCUGCCUGCGCUGGAACAACCACCAGUCCACGCUGGUGUCGGUGUUCGACACGCUGCUGGAGAAGGGCAUGCAUGUGGACUGCACGCUGGCCGCCGAGGGACAGACGCUCAAGGCGCACAAGGUCGUGCUCUCUGCGUGCAGUCCAUACUUCGAGAAUGUCCUGUCACAACAAUUCGACAAGCAUCCAAUAAUUAUCCUAAAAGACGUGAAGUACGCAGAACUGAGAGCCAUGAUGGACUACAUGUACCGGGGCGAAGUGAACAUCUCACAGGACCAGCUGGCUGCGCUGCUGAAGGCGGCCGAGUCCCUGCAGAUCAAGGGCCUGUCGGACAACAAGCCGUCCCGGCCGCCGUCGCGCCCCGCGCCCGCGCCGCCCACGCCCGCCGCCGCGCCCGCCGCGCCCCCCGCCGCCAUCGCCGUCGCGCCGCGCGCGCCUGACACGCUGCCACAGAUGCGGGACGGCAGCGUGGACAGCCGCGAGGGCUCGCUGAGUCCCACGCGACGCCGCAAGAAGCCGCGCCGCCUGUCCAUAGAGGCGGCGGUGCCGGCGGCGGCCGCGCCCCCCGCGCCCGCGCACUCCCCGCCCGAGCCGCUCUGCAAGGAGGAGGGCGCGCGCGACGGCGUCGAGGACCUCACGCUGGACGACGAGCACGACGAGCCCAACAUCGCACACAACGACGUCGUACGCAAUUUUCAGUGGCACAUGGAAAGAUCUCAGGACGAAAUAAUGAAUUCGAGUGACGGCGUACGAGAUUCGCAAGAGCUGAGCGGCGCGCUGCUGACGCUGCUGUCGGCGCAGCGGCUGGCGGCCGCCUUCAACAACAACGUGGCGGCCGAGCCCAAGGACGAGCCCGAGCUGGAGUAUGACGACACGGACGACAUCGUGCUGCCCGAGGAGGACGCGUGGGCGCCGGGCGCGGCGGGGGCGGGCGCGGGGGGCGCGGGGGCGGGCGGGCGCGCGCGCGGCGGCUCCAGCUCGGACGACGCGUCGCGCCAGUUCGAGUGCCGGCACUGCGGCAAGCGCUACCGCUGGAAGUCCACGCUGCGGCGGCACGAGAACGUGGAGUGCGGGGGCAAGCCGCCGGCGCACCAGUGCCCCUACUGCAGCUACCGCGCCAAGCAGCGCGGCAACCUGGGCGUGCACGUGCGCAAGCACCACCACGCGCAGUGGCUGCUGUUCGCCGGGGCGCGCGCUGGGUGUGUUGCAGGCUGCGGCGAGGACGUGUCGUUCACGCGCAUCGGCGGGCUGAGCUGGGAGCAGUGGUCGGCGCGGCUGGCGCUGCCGCUGGUGGCGGGGCUGCGCGCGGGCGCGGGGGGCGGGCCGCCCGGCGCCGGCGAGCCCGGCUUCUCGUGCGGCGACUGCGGCCGCGUGUACAAGCUCAAGUCGUCGCUGCGCAACCACCAGAAGUGGGAGUGCGGCAAGGAGCCGCAGUUCCAGUGCCCCUACUGCGUGUACCGCGCCAAGCAGAAGAUGCACAUCGCGCGCCACAUGGAGCGCAUGCACCGCGAGCUGCGCGCCAAGCCCGAGCCCUUCGCCGCGCGCGACAACGUGGACGCCUGCUCCUAGCCGCCACGCGCCCGGCACCCGGCGCCCCGUGUGAUACCGACAACGUUACCUAUGACCUACUAAUUAAUUUAAUCAUGCAUAGUUUAAGAGAACGUGGAUCGGCGGAUGCCUCGAUGAUCUUGAGACGAAUUACUCAAAGUAUUCAUACUAGUUGCAGAUGCGAGUUUGUGGCAGUAUAUGAAACUGUUGCAUUUAUCCAGUAUGUUAAGGUGACAAGUGAUUUUUGUAUAGGAUACGCUUUUUAUACUUUUUGUACAGCAUUUACUGUAUUAUCAUCGAUCAUUCCUGGUUAUUAUGUAAGUGAAUGUCGCUAGUGGGAGUCGGCGAUGAGAGCCGUUCUUGUACCACACGUUGGACCGCCAUUUUAUUGUUACCAGUUUUUUCUAAGAAUAUUUUCCUAUUUUUUGUCAGUACAAUAGACCGCAACGCAGAUUGUUCAGGGUUAUCUAGGUACGAUGUAAGUUAGAGUUAGUGAGGAAGUGCAGAUGCACGGACGGCUUGCCAGGUGUAGGACAUGCGGCCCCAGAGGGCGCGCAGCGACACGAACAUUCUACUUCUCUAUCAUGUCUCUGCCAUAAUGCAUGUUCCAAUAUUUUUGUAAUACUCACUAAGAUUUUAUUUCAUUUAUUUUUAGAUCUCUUUACAUUCUAAUGCAUUUAUUUUAUAGUAAUAAUAAGGUUAUUAUACAUUUUUCAUUGUACCCGAAGAAUGAAAUCUUAACUAUUUUAUUAUUACAAGUAAGUUCCUUGAAAUUAGUGUCUGUUGACGGUAGAGCGUUAUUUUAAACUGUGUUAUUGAUAUGGAAAUAUAUGUAUUAGGGGCCAAUAUUUGUGAUUGUUUGUUCAAAUGUUAGCAUUGUCAGCGUGUUAUGUCGUGCCUUAGAGUUGGCCUUCGUUAAAUCGUUAAAACUAGGUUUAGGACACUGCCAUUAAGAAGUUAAUCAUUUUAAAAAGUCGUGCACAAUCAUGUUGUAUUUAAGGAGAUAGAAAAAAUCUUCCAAUUAGUAUGUAAGUAUUUUUAUACCAUGUAGGAUUUAUACGAUUUAGGUUUAAAACCAGCAGGAGUUACCAUCAUUCAAUCAACACGUAGUUCACAUCAGUACAACAUACCAACUUGUAGCGAACACAGUAUCAGUACAACAUAUUAAGUCUUGUCAGUAAAACUAAGUGCCUUCAAAUUAUAUAGUCAUUAGAGUUUAAAUUCUUUCAUAUCUAUUUUUAGAACACCAUUUCCAGGUAAAUUGUCGCAAUUAGAAAUUGAAAUUUAUGAAGGUUGUGAUUUUGUUAACAUUUACAAUGACAAUAAAUUAUAGUAUAUUAUGUCGGCUACAGAUUACCUAAAUUAAAGAUUUAUAUUGCUCGUUUUAUGUGAAAGUAAUGUAAAUUUUCCAACAUAGCUGUGAUACAAUAUUCUCAAAUCUUCACUAAUUAUACAUUUAGGUCGUACUCAUUAGUUCUCGCUGUAUGCCGCUGCAGUAUCAUUAUGUUAGUUAUUGAUCAUCCAAGUGAGCUAUUUAGAAAUUAGUCUACUAUUAAUUUUACAUAUACUGCCUUCAAUAGUUUUGUUUACUCGGCUCCAAUUAUACUCCUAUAAAGUUACAGUGAUUUAUUGCAUUUGAUUGUACUUUUAUAACUUUUGUAUUUUAAUAAAGUUGCUAUUCUUCGAAA